GGUGGAUGAACAUGUAAUGGAGUUGCAGCAUCAGUCGCUGACCAAGGAAUUACUGGGGAAGUUGGUGGUAGAGGGAGGCUAUUGACAUGUCACAGCAAGAUGCUCAAAAAUGUAGAGCACAUGGAGAAGAUCGCCAUGCUGGCUUUCCAUCCAGUUAAGAUGCACAGCUGCUAUGAGAAGGAGGUGAACCUGAGCCUUGAGGGUCUGCAGCAACAGUUUGACGUGAGCAGCCCGUCAGUGUUUGUCCAAAGGGCCCAGAUCCCCAUGAGAGAGAUGUUUGAGCAGAUCCUUCAUCAGAGUCUCGAGUCUCAGGGUACAGAGGAGCUGUGUAAGAUCAUCCAGCACUGCCAGGACAGAGUCAUUAAGGUAAUACACAAAGAAAACAGGCUUGUGCAUCAAAUUCUUGCAUAACAUCUACAUUAAUAUCUAAUAAUAUUACAUCUGGCAUACUCCAGCCCUGGGAGUGAAACUUUUGGUCUGGCCUUGUUUUAGUGUUAAUGAAAAUUCAGGUUCACCUUUAUCAAUUUAUUAAUUUUUUAACAAAGAGUCCAGGAUACCGGGCAAUAUCCCAGCUUAAUCCCUU